AUUAAUUUAGAUUAAAAUCGGCAUUCAGCUGCAGCUCUCCUGGCGGCAGUAGUGAUCGGACGGCUCCCAUUACCUCCCAGGAUAUCCGACACAGCAGACCUUGGCGGCUGGCGGUUGGCGGCUGGCAGGGCGGAUUGCAGGAUCGUCAAAACCAGUCACAGCAAUCUAUCCUUUUUUCGAUCUCGCAAAAAUGAAGCACCUAUUCGCCCGCUCCUUCAGCACAUCUCUAGGCCCGUCCUGUCGCAGUAUCCGUACACGCUCCACAAGAUUGCCCGCCCGCCGGUCGCGCCAUCGUCAGUGCCGCGCAUGCCCGAGACAAUGGCAGCGCUCACAUUUGGAGCCCCAGAGAAUGCUACCCGAUCGAACGUCGUCGGGUGGCUCAAGGACAGCAGCGCCAAGAUCGAGCCAGCGAAACUUUGUCGAGAACCCCGACUUCACCGCCAGGAUCCAAAAGGUGCUGGAGAAACACGCUCACGAGGACCCGGUAUUGCAGGCCCAGGCAGCGUUUCCAGAAGUCGGGCUGGAUGAAUAUCGCUGACGGCAGAAACCCGCCGCCGCUGGGCAGGACGCCUGCCGCCAGAAGACAUCCUGGGCGCUGUGUUUGUUGAGAACAAGGUCAUCAAGGCCGGCUCCUUCCAACCAAACUUUGUGCACCGCCCAGUGUCGCUCGAUGGGCUGUUCCAGCUGCCUGCGUUUCUGCACACGAAGCUUGUGGGCGGGCUGUAAGCCAAUCGCUGCUUUUUCCCUCACACAGCGGGUUUCCUUUGCGAUGGGGGCGGAUGGGCUAUUUUUGUGCUGCUCGCCAGGCUCCUCCUCCCAGG